UCUGGUCAAAAGAGAAAGCCCAAUACCAAACGAACCAAACCGGUCUGAACCAUUUCAUUUAUCACAAAACUAAAAACCCUAAUUUUGGAAUAUCGUCACAGUAACCUCACGACUCAUCACAGGGGUAAUUAUUGUAUUUCAUUAUGGGUGAGACUGGAAAAAGAUCGCGUAGGGAUGACGGGGAUAACAAGAACCAGAAGAGGAGGACAGACAGAGAUGAGAAAGGCGAUGAUGAGCUAAUAGUUUACAGAAUUCUGUGCCCAAAUAAUGUGAUUGGCAGUGUUAUUGGAAAGAAUGGAAAAGUUAUAAAUUCGAUUAGGUCGGAGACCAAGGCAAAGGUCAAGGUGGUGGAUCCAUUUCCAGGUGCUAAGGAUAGAGUUAUAAUCAUUUAUUGCUAUGUAAAGGAAAAGGAAGAUGUUGAGGUCGAUCAGGAGUUCAAUGAGAAAAAACCUCUUUGCACGGCUCAGGAUGCUCUUCUCAAGGUUUAUACAGCAAUUGCAAAUGCUUUAGCUGCAACUGGAGAAUCUGAUAAGAAGCGGAAGGAUAAAGAGGAGUGUCAGCUUCUUGUUCCUUCAAGCCAAUCUGCUAAUAUCAUUGGUAAAUCUGGUACCACCAUAAAGAAGUUGAGAAGCAGGAUGAGGGCCAAUAUUAAAGUAGUUGCCAGAGAUGCUAGUGAUCCAACACAUUCCUGUGCACUCGAAUUUGAUAACUUUGUUGUGAUAACUGGUGACCCAGAAUCUGUCAGGAGAUCACUCUUUGCUAUUUCUGCAAUCAUGUACAAGUUCACACCUAAGGAAGAAAUUCCUCUUAAUACCAAUGUUCCUGAAGUUCGUCCAAGCAUUAUUAUCCCUUCAGAUGUUCCCAUAUAUCCAGCAGCUGGGAUUUAUCCAAGUGUGGAUCCUAUUAUGCCGUCUCGAUCUGUUCCAUCUGUUUUGGGUACCACACACAUACCAGAGCUUCCAGGUUAUGUGAAUGCAGGAAGCACAUGGCCUAUUUAUUCUUCUGCUCUUCCCAUGGUUUCUGGUUACAGUGGUGCCUCUCAAACAGAGGAAUUGACUAUUAGAGUGUUGUGUCCAACUAACAAUCUUGGUCGUGUUAUUGGCAAGGGAGGAGCUUCUAUUAAAAGUGUAAGGCAAACAAGUGGAGCUCGUAUCGAGGUUUGUGAUGCCAAAGCUGAUCGUGAUCUGUGCAUUAUCACAGUCAUUUCCACUGAGUCAGUGGAUGAUCUUAAAUCCAUGGCAGUUGAAGCUGUACUGCUGCUGCAAGGGAAAAUAAAUGACGAAGAUGAGGAUACUGUAACUUUUCGUCUACUUGUUCCAUCAAAGAUUAUUGGAUGUAUCAUUGGGAAAGGUGGUUCAAUCAUUAAUGAAAUCCGGAAGAGAACUAGAGCUGAUGUACGUAUUUCAAAAGGCGAGAGGCCCAAAUGUGCGGAUUCAAAUGAUGAACUUGUUGAGGUAUCUGGGGAAAUUAGUAGUGUGAGGGAUGCCCUUAUCCAGAUUGUACUGAGGCUCAGAGAUGAUGUUAUAAAAGGCCGUGAAGGUAAUCAUAAUCUCUCUGCAGGUGCUGAUUCUUCACACGCUGGUGGUACCAGUUUUUCAUUGGCUCCAGUGUUGCCCAAUGUUCCUCCAGCUGCUCCUUUGAGCUAUGACCAUAGGAUUGAAUCUGGGAAUGGUGUUGGAAUGCGUUCUUCGGGCAGCCGCUAUGGUCAGGAGUCGCUCUCGAUGGGAGACGAUGGCUAUGGAACGUUCUCUUCAUAUUCAUCGAAGUUAUAUGGCGCAUUGCCUCCACCCUCAGCUGUAGAGAUGGUUAUCCCAGGACAUGCGGUCGGUAAAGUUAUGGGUAAAGGUGGCUCAAACAUAGAUAAUAUCCGCAAGAUAUCUGGAGCAUCUGUGGAUAUAAUCGAUUCCAAAUCCUCUCGAGGUGAUCAGAUUGCUAUAAUAUCUGGUACGCAGGAACAGAAGCGUGCUGCUGAGAACUUGAUUCAGGCAUUCAUAAUGGCGACUUGAGCAAUAAGGACACAUCUCCUUUCUGAAGGUGCGACCUUGACUAAAUAUCAAGGUUCCUUCUUCAGAAGUUCCUCUCUAGAAUAUGGUAGGUUCUCGUGCUGGAGAGUGUCAUUUUGUGAGGUUUGAUAAAUUUUUUCUCUGUAGGAACGUUUGCAAAGAAUUCAUAUAGUUGGACCGCUUGUUCUGUUUUCUGCCUAUAUAGGUUCAGCCAUGUAGCCUGAUAGGCUCUUUUCAUCUGCGCUGGUUAGAACUUCGUAGGACAUUAUCUUUCCUUUGAUAGUCUGUCAUCAGUUCUUAUCAUUUGAUGAAUAUGGCUUCCAACUUUCUCAUACUUUCCCAUGCUCUGUUAACUUUAUACGGAACUUUAGCUAUUAUCAGCUGUCAAGCUCAUGUUACAUGGAUAUCAGUAUCUUGUUUCUGAUUCCUCUUUGCUCUCAGCUUCUUCAGUAAGAUCAGGUCUUGCUGAUAUGACCUGUAGCUCACGUGCUCACCCUGUGAGUUCGGAUAAAUUCUCUGCUGUGUGCAUUAGCACUAUUAAGUAUAUCCUAAUAACCAGUGAGCAUCUCCAAAUUCUCAAGAUCCUUUAAAGAAGGAAAAUAUCUUGUGCUUAACUUGGGCAAAAACUUUUUACUGCUCCAUAUAAUCAUAGUUCUGCAGUUUCCGGUACCAAUUGCUUCCAAGAUUUCUCAUUGAGUACAUGUUUCUAGCUAAUUUGAUGUCGUCCCUUUCACCUUUUGCUAUCUUGUAUCUAUUUUCGAAAUCUUUCAGUUCAUUAUUCACUUUACUGAAAAAGAAAAGGGAAGACGAAUCUAUUUUACUCUGUCAGCCUUUUAGAUCUUUGAUUCGGAAGAGCAGAACUGAAAUUAAAUUUAGGAACAGAGAAUUAUAAGUGAAAAAGGCAAACAAUUUGUUCAAUUUACUCAUUGAUUGCCUUGUGAGUUGUGAGUAUUGUAUGCACAUGAUAUUGAUCUGCCACCUCUUUGCGUUUUAGUUAAUUACAACUCAAAAUUAUCUUAGUACGAGCAAGAGAAUUUCUUAGAGAAAUCAAUUCCCAAGUCUUUGGACUUUUUCCGUCUAAAUCCUUCAUCAAAAGGUUCUUUUGAGCCUCGUUAAGGAAGGAGAAAUACACUUUUGGACAUCUUUUCACUUGUUUAUGCUUUGUUAUCUCAUCUUUUCUUGGUGAAGGUCAUUGAGUCUUAGUAUAAGACAUGAGCUGUGUAGCAACUUGCUUGUUUAAUAUUUCCAAGCUGUCGACAAUCCACCAAUUAUUCUUAGUAAGUGUUAGCUAAUAUGAAUCCUGUAUCCCUUCUGCUCUAUUCGUGCUUCCUGUAUAGUAAAAAUUUGGUAGUCCUCAGCAUUUUAGAGUUUCUUUAAAUCUCACACUCAUGGUUCACUGGUAAUAUGUCUCUAAUCAUAUUAAAAAGAGACUCUUGGUGAACGCCACCCAGACCCCACUUGUGGGAUUUCACUGGGUAUGUUGUUGUUGUUACUCUUGGUUAACGCCGGACCUAAUGUAAGGUUUAAUCUACCUUUCUCUGUUUAGCUCCAAUCACCAUAGUGUUGCACUUAGACUGAUUGUACGCUCAUGUGGGAUAUGGACAAAUUAUGUUAGGUGUCCUUUCAUGUUAAUAAUCCAUAUGUUGCUUCUUUGCGCACCUUUGUAUGAUGUGAUCAUUUCUAAUAUUUUCCAGUCAACCUAUUGUCUAUCCCUGUUCACAAUACUUGUAAAUCAUUUCUGGUACACUUGUGGACUUCUCUUUUCUAUUCUAUGUUUCUCUUGGUCAAUAAAUAACUACAAAUAUCAUUUGGAGAUCCUUAUUCUGCUCCUUGUGUUUUUAUCAAGGUUCUUGGUAGAAGUAUAAACGACGUUAAAGAACUGCCAGACACAAGUACUAUAAACUAUGUUAUAGAUCUAACAGACAAGUCCAAACUGGUUCUGUCAUCCUCUGAUGUUCAUCCGUAUACUGUCACUCUUUUCCAAUGUUUCAUCGAGGACUCCUAAAUUUAGUACCGUGGCAGUUCAUACAAUUUUAAAUAUCUACUUCGUUGUAUCAUACCAAUGUACUCUCACCACCUGCAUUCUACUCCUUAAUGUUAGAUCAAAUGGCUUCUACACUCUCCCUCUUCCCUUUUGCCAUCAUUCCCUUCCUAAUCUCUUAAAUAUGUUGUUUUGGACAUAAUUAGUGCUUCUGUUUUAUGUAAAGGAUGGUCCUUGCUAAAAUUCUCUAUUUUGAUAGAUUGAGUACCCGGAAUGAACUUUUUCUGUUAUGGAGCUUGGCAGGAUAUUCAGUUCAACUCCAUAUUUUUUGGUCAUCUUUGUUGGACUGAAGGUAUCUAGGUUCACGAUAGGAAAAGAGAAGAGCUCUGGUUUUCAACUCUAGUUUACAGUAUGGUGAUAUUGAUAUUAAAGCUUCCAGGGAGACGUCCUGCUAGGACAUCUACUGCCCAUUUCAUUGCUAGGGAUCAAUUCUAAUCCUCUAUUGAGGCUUGGUUUUUGGUUCAGCGCCAAAAUUUAUGUCAUCUUGUUUGGACCUUUUGGUCUCUGGGGUUAGCAAUUAGAAGACGUCUUAGUAGGGAAGAGCUCUGGCUUCACACCUUAGUUUCCAGUCUGCUGAUGGUCAUAAUUAACCUUCUUGCGAAUAAUCCUUUUAAGGAAUAGGGUAGUAAGCUCUAUUCUUAGGAAAAAGUUUGUCCUGACCCCGUAAGUAGUUUUGAUCUCAUUCUAGGAGUCUGCCCCAUGUCCUCUCGUUCUUGGAGUCUGCCCUAUGUCCUGUGAAGUAUUAGCCCAUGAAGUAUGUAACUUUAGGGAGCUUUGAGGAAUGAGACAUUUUUUUCGAUUAAAUUAGUGAUUGUACAUAUUUGAUUUUUCAUGCUUAUACAAAGUAACAACUGGUCCUUUGUAAAAAAAAGAAUGGAGAAGUAGACGAUGACAUAGAAGUGGUCUCUUUACUUUUUUUGGUGUGUAAUGUUAUGCAGUUUGAAGCUGCUGCUCUAUGUUGAUGAAAGUUCAUUCAUAUCUAUUUGCGUGUGUA